GACACACCGGCCUCCUGAAACAACUGAUUAAGAAACGCUGUGUACCUAAAUUGUCUGGGCAGACUUUGGAGUGGGACUGGGAGGUAUUUUGCUGUUGGCGGUGAACCUUGGAUUAAAUUGAUGGCCUUCUCACGAAGAGGCGACAAUUGCAUGCAUUUCCAUACAAGCGAGUUUCGAGGGAGAAGGUGACCAGACACUUUCUUGAACAAGUUGCGACUUCAGUAUAUCUAUAGGCCUGACUUAAACAACGGACUGUACAUAUUUAAAGAUUCCGCUAGCUGUUCUACUAGUUGCUUAAUUUUGUCGCGCAGUAACUGCAAGCGUAAUGAAAAGGGUCGUUCUGUGUGUUUAGCGAGAACUCCCCCAUACGUGUAUCUUAUAAUAGGCCUACAUUUGAAUAAUUUAAUUGGAACGGCACAACUAUGUCUGAUCGUACUCUAAGUCCAAUUUCGGAGUGUACUAGAGGACCUUAUGAGGCAAGUAGGGCGAUGUAUUCGCAAGUCUUUGGCCAGGAAUCCAUUGGAGGUGCUUCGCUGCAAUUUCCGCACGGCAUGCUACAAGAUCCGAGUCUUCUCUUCAACAAAUCGUCUUACAAUGGGAUCGCUCCACCACCGCCGCAAGCAUUUUUCCCUUUUUCUGCUGUCGGGGGGGAUUAUAGGCACUCCGAAAUCCAAACUAGUGACCCGGGUCAGCCGCGGCCAUGGUAUCCGUUCGCCGCUCCCGAGUACACGGGCCAGGUAGCGGGGUCGACCACCGCCGCUCAACCGGUCAACCUCAGCCCCCCGAUAGCGGAAACGAGGGAACAGAUAAAAAUUCCCGAAAUAAAGACCGAGAAGGAUGUGAACGAUUACCCAAUAGAAACCAAGCUUCCAUCCCAGUUCCCUCCAGGACCGGCAUCUAUGGCCCACGGCGUCUACUAUACUACCCCGUGGAACCCUUCUUUUUGGCCCGGUCUGGCUCCCAUUGGGGCCCCUAACAACUCUGCCCCCGCUCCCCCGACGUCGGCCGCCUCCUCCCCAUCUCUGUCGCCCUCACCACCCAGCAGUGGAUACCAGGGGACGAGCUUUUUUCCGGCGGGUACCACACAAGAGGUCCCAGCUCCUCCGCUGCCCAGCGCCAACGCCCGGAGUAGCGGCUCGUCCAGCGGCGGCGCGAGUGAUUCGGAAGAUGAGGAAAACCUUUCCACCGAGGAGCUGGAACAGUUUGCCAAGGAGCUGAAGCACAAACGGAUCACGCUGGGCUUCACGCAGGCUGACGUCGGGCUCGCGCUGGGAAACCUCUACGGGAAGAUGUUCAGCCAGACCACCAUCUGCCGCUUCGAGGCCCUGCAGCUGAGCUUUAAGAACAUGUGCAAGCUGAAGCCCCUGCUCCAGAGGUGGCUGAACGAGGCCGAGACCUCCGACAAUCCCCAGGACAUGUACAAGAUGGAGCGCGUGUUUGUGGACAGCAGGAAGAGGAAACGCAGAACCAGCCUGGAGGGCACGGUGCGCAGUGCUCUGGAGUCCUACUUCGUAAAAUGCCCCAAACCCAACACACAGGAGAUCACCCACAUCUCUGAUGACCUGGGUCUGGAGAGAGACGUGGUGCGGGUGUGGUUCUGUAACCGGCGGCAGAAGGGUAAGCGCCUCGCCCUGCCCUUCGAUGACGAGUGUGCAGAGGGGCCAUACUUCGACCAGACUGCGCCCAUGCCCCACAACAUGGGCCUCCCGCCCCAGGCCUACCCUGGCCCCAUCCACCACGGCCACCCCCUGCCCCCCAGCCUCUACGUGCCCCCCCUCCACCGACCGGACGUCUUCAAACAGGCCCUGCACCCUGGACUCGUGGGUCACCUGACCAGUUAAACCAUGCCCGGCCCCCUUCAGCAGGGCUCCAGGGUUGGGUUCUGCACAUCAUGGGGUAUUUUCCACCCCCCUCCCCCCUGCCACUCGAUGUCCAGGUGACCCAGGAAUGAACUUGCAUCUCCUGGGAUGAAAUUUUGCUGCUCACCAUUGGGUUGGAGGGCAGGUAGAAGACUCCCUCCAGUGGAGAGUUUCACUGAAAGGCCUUUUUUAUUUUUAACUCCCUUAGCUAGUCUUUUUGCACAUUAAGUCCUGACUCUUACAUCAUGGUGCAGUGGUGGGGAGGAGGGAUGUGUGUCUUCAGUGGUGCAGUCUCUGGCUUUCUGUGAAAUGCUCUGAUUUUGCACUCGCUCCCUCGAUCCUGUAGGGGGCGCCCUGGCCUGUUUCCCCCCACCCUUCACCCACCCCCAGGAAAAUGCCCAGCAUUUUUAAUGAAGCCAUGACAUUUUUCUUAAUCUUUUAAUAGUAUAUGCACUCAUUGCUUUGUAUUAAGGGCUAGUCCAGUGUUUCCCAACUCCAGUCACCGGGACCCACUUGCCAGAAGGUUUUUGUUGUAACCAGUAGCCAGUAGAUUUAACUAAUCAAGGGCAUUUUUGUGGUUUGAUUGGUUCAAUAAUUAAAUCAGGUGUGUGAGUUACUGGUUACAACAAAAACCUUCUGGCAUGUGGGUCCCGAGGACUGGAGUUGAGAAACACUGGGCUAGUCAUUCCUCGUUUCAGUGUCUGUGAUAUUUUAGUGUUCCAUUUCAUAAUUUACGAGUGUAUUGAUACGUCUAGAUUUCAUACCAGAAAACAUAGACCGUCUGUACUGUUGGUACUCUGUAGUUGCCAAUAUUUGAUGAAUUUGAUGUGUGAAAUGAUUGGGCCCAAAUGAGAAGCAGGCAGAAUUGCUGUAGGGACAGAGGUGUGUGUGUGUGUGCCCGCCCGCGCAGUCCUGGAUGUUGGGAGGGUGUUUGCUGCCGCAUGCUUGAUGGGUGGGCCCAGUUACACAUGCCUGUUCCUUAUGGUUAAUUUAUUAGCCCUCACAGUGGCAGUUUUAACCACACAGUCUUCACUUGGGGUGGUUGGUGGAUGCAGAGGGCGUACAGGAAAUGUAUGGAGAGGGGGGGCAUCAUGCAAUGUCUCCUUGAACCCCGUUACCUGCCCUCCCCCUCAAAAAGACACCGGAAACCUUUUCAAUGUCAAAUUUUACCUUAUUUGUCGCGUUCAGCAUUCGUACGGAUGACCCGGCUUGCUUUUUGAACGUGGUGGCAGUUACCCGCUUCCCGUCUCAUGUCUGAGACAGGAUGUUGGGCUGAGGUACCUGCGGGUGCCGCUUUAAGAACGGCUGUGCCCUGAGUGUGGCAGCCUGCUCGCCUUCAUUGUGUCACUGCAGACACGCCCUGGGGCUGAGAAACCGCAAGGCGGCCAUCUUAUCUGACGAGCUGCUGUGCUGCCUCAUCGCUGAGAUGAGUCCGAUAUCUGGUCAAUGUCACUCAACAAACCUGCUGCCUUCUCUACAUUUUUAUUUUUACUGUUUCUUUUGGUUUGCCUGUGUUUGUUUUAGGGCUGUGAAAGCAGAAUGUUUUUAAACAACUCUGGCACGGUCAUAACGUCAGCCCAACUGCUCCGGUUAAUGUCGGUAGAAUAUCCUGUGUUCUGUUUCUCUCUGCAUAUUUGAUAAGUUAUUGACAUGCCAAUCAAUCAUAAGCCUGUAUAUUGUAUUGACCUGAAAUGUUGACACUGUUUGAGUGUAGGGAUUAAAUCGCCUUUUUCUA